AUGAUAUUCGAUUAAGAAUAAUUAAAAGAAUUAUUCACAAGAGAUAAAGUAUAAGACUUGGUUAAUUUUAGGAUAAAAAGUUUAAUUGUGAAUUAUCAUUCUAUAUUGGAAAUUCUUAGGGUGUUUGCAGAAGAGAUAUGCUAAUUUAAUGGGUUAUUUCGGUAAUAAAACAUAAUAUUACAGCAAUCUUAACAAUUUAAACACACUAUCAAAACUUUGGAAUUGGCUGUCUUAUAUAUAGAUACUUAUUUAAACUUUUUUAAUAUAGGACCUUAAUAUUUAGAGCUUUUGGGAAUAUGUGCAUAUUCAAUAGCUUCAAAAGUAAUUAAUUUAUGUAUAAUUGAAAGUUUAAUGAAACAGAAUCCAUGGGUCAAAUUAAGUUAUUGAAUAAUUUAGGUUAAGGGUUAUAUGAUGAUUAAGAGUAUGAUGAGAUGGAAGUUCAAUUGUUAUAAUGCUUAGAAUAUCAAUUGAAUCACAUAACUCCAUCUGAUUAUUUGAUAGCUAUGGGUGUUUCUAUAAAUGAAAACAUCUCUAGUCUUAUAAUGUUUGUUUUAAUGGGUAAAUUAUUUUCUUUAUAUCAUUUAAUUAGAUUUCGAAAUUUAUAAACAUUCUCAGAUUGUUCUUGCUUUUGCUAUUUUCAACUUUUAAUAAAAUCAAUUCAACAUGUUUACAGAGAGAGUUAAAUAUGUGACUUAAUUGAUUAAUUAUAAGAUAACAAAAGCAUAAAAUCAAUUUAAUUUGGAUAAAACUGAAAAUGAUGAAACUAAAGGGAUAGAAUAAAAUUAAGGCACUAAAAAAAAAAUAUAAAAAAGAAGAGAGUCAAAAAAGUUAAAAUAAUUAGCAUGAAUGACUUAUCUUGAUUGAUUUCAAUAAAUUUGAUCUGAG